AUGCACGUGACGCAUUUGUUGUACAGCUACAGCUAGCCGGCCAGGGCGAAAAGUACGUGCAUUGACGCUCGACGGCUUAGGUUGGAAAUAUGGCAGUUCUUGGAGAAGCACUCUCCCAUUUUGUGUUGAUUAGCGCCGUUUUUUACCAUGUAGCUGCUCGUCAGCCUUCCAGCUCGAGAUGUGUCUCGGUUGUCUUGGAUCAUGCCGCGAAUGCCCUUAAAUUAGUGGACGGUUACCAUCCAAAUUCCAGUGUCGCUUGGGGAAACUUCACUGAAAUUCAACAACAAACAGGAUGGAACUAUUUAACAGUUUCAACGAGCCCCGAGUACAAUGACACCUUCCAAGCAUACGCCGCUGGUCUGGUAGAGGGCUUCCUGACGGCCGACUACAUCUACAUGGAGUGGUUCAACACACAGGCAAGCUUCUGCCACACCAUGACGCCCGACUGUGAGAAAAUCAAGAGUUUCUUGGGGGAGAAUCUAGAAUGGAUGAAACAGCAGGUGGAGCUGAAUCCCGAUGACCCAUACUUCUAUCAGAUGGGCCUUGUCCUAAAUCAGGUGGAUGGAGUGAAAGACGGCUACAUGAACAAACCCCACAGGCCCACUAUUGACAUUGACCCUUUCGGUUUCCUUCUAUUCCAAGCCGGUGGCGAUCUCGACGGCAUCGAAGCAGCACUGAAAGCAGACGGUGGUCGUAAACGCGGCAGAUUUUCCGGCCAUUGCUCAGCCCUUAUCAAGCUGCUGCCGGGCAACAAAGAUCUCUAUGUUUCCCACGUCACUUGGACGGAAUAUGGAGAUAUGCUCAGGAUCGUUAAAAAAUACAACUUGCCCUUCAGAAUGUCUCCACAAUUAUCUGAAAUUGUUCCGGGUCGUGAAGUCACCUUUUCUUCCUACCCUGGACCUAUCAUUUCUGGCGAUGAUUACUACAUCACAGGCUCAGGUUUGGUAACCAUGGAAACCACAAUAGGCAAUGAGAAUCCGGACCUGUGGAAGUUUGUGAAAUCCAAGGGGACUGUGCUGGAAUGGAUGCGUACUGUCCUGGCCAAUCGCCUUGCCAGUUCAGUCACAGAGUGGACGGAUAUCUUCAGCAAGUAUAACAGUGGCACAUACAACAAUGAGUGGAUGGUUGUAGACUACAAACACUUCACACCUGGUCAGCCUUUGCCAACAGAGGGCGUUUUUGCACUGUUAGACCAGAUUCCUGGCCAGAUUGAGAGCAAGGACUUGACACAGUUACUCUCACAGCAGACCUACUGGCCCAGUUAUAAUAUUCCGUAUUUUCCAGACAUCUUUAAGAAUGGUGGCUUUGCUGAGGAGGCGGCCAAGUACGGGUCAUUCUUCAUCUACGACAAAGCCCCAAGAGCAAACAUCUUUCGGCGCGACCAUCAUAAAGUGACUGACCUGGCGUCCAUGAUCAAACUAAUGAGAUACAAUGACUUCCAGCACGAUCCUUUUUCCCGGUGCAAUUGUACGCCGCCCUACAGCGGCGAGAAUGGCAUCUCAGCUCGCUCUGACCUCAACCCGCCCAACGGCACCUACCCGUUCCCCGCUCUGGGUUUCCGAUGUCACGGUGGUACAGACAUGAAGGUUACUAGCAGCGACAUGUACAGGUCUCUCUCUAUGGUGGCCGUCAGCGGGCCGACCCAUGACCAACAGCCAGUGUUCCAGUGGAGCAAGUCCAGAUGCGACAAGGAGCAACUGCACAUGGGCCAGCCCGACCUGUUCAACUUUGACCCGGUGAAGGUCGUCUGGGAGAAGCCAUAAAGGGAACUGCAUACACUUUGCCCUGGCAGUGGAACUAGCUAGGACAACUCAGGAAGGUAGAGUGGUAGAAUAUUUCAGCCCAAAGUGGUAGAUUCAGUGGAUUCCAAGGUGCAGCCCAUCGUUUGUCAUUUUGUCGCUUCGAGGUGGCAAACUUCCUCAAAUUCUGAAGAGGGGUACUUGUUACAAAACCAUCUCACCUGAUGUAGUUUCAGCCCAGUGAGCGCUGUAUAUUUCAAGAGAAACUAUUCCAGGAUCUUGAUUUCAAAUAAAAAAGUUGCAUCGUCAUGUUUGGGAUUAUGCCUAAUUCAGCAUUCAUUCAAAAACAAAUCAGAAAAAACGAUCUACUCAUGGCAAUAUUCCAAAAUGUGUCUUGAGACGCAUCGAUGGAUAUGGCCUGUCAUUGUUUCCCUCAAAAUAACAGCUUGCCAGAAAGAAUAAUUUUAUAGUCCUAUAAAUAUCUUUAACCUAGGCAAGUUUAUUAACCCUAACACUACUCAGUCCUCCAACAGGUGAAGGAUUGAGGAGUGUUAGGGUUAAAACUAAUUUCGUCAGUUACAGUUUGGAUACUGCAAAUGAUGGACUGUACCUUUCAAGCAGUUGGCAAACCUGUACAUGAUACAUGUACCUCAAAACAAGUAAGCCUUGAAGUCUUUCCCUCAUUCAAUUCUGCUUCACUCAGUGUGUCAAAAUCUCUUGCUCUUCACCCAAAUCCUACAGUUUUUAGAACUCCUUUGGAGUUAUCGUGGAACUGUCUGAAAUCUGGUUUAACAUGUACAGCAGCUUGAUCACAGGGAUGCAGUCUGUGUUUGUUUUGCUUUUUUUUAAAGUUAAAUAUGAAGUGAGACAUGAAUGCCUUUGACCUUGCUUGGAGUUUGCAGAAAUUUAACAAGUUUCAUCUCUAGAAAUUCUCACAGCAGUAGAAGUGACGUGUGAAUUUUGCUCCCAGUAAUUGUUUCUUCCCGUGAGGGAGGUAAGCAUUUUAAAAAAAAAUAGCAGUUUCUUGUUUGGUAUAGCAAAUGUAUGAGCUCAUGUCAAACUACAAAGAAAGUGUUUGAUUGGAUAACAAUGAAUUUAGUGGUUUCUGUACUUUUCCUAAGUUUAAAAACUUAACGGAGAUAAAAUCACUUGGAAAGUAUUUACCAUGUUUAACUUGCUUAUUUUUUACACUUGGAAGUAGCCAGAAAAUGUGCGUUUAACGAAUGAGCAUACUUUGUAGUCCAAGGUAUCAAAGUUGUUGGUGCUUUGCAGAAGUUUUAUGUUUGGAAUAAGUUAUGCAGUCUUAUGACUUUCAAAAACCUAUAUAAGAUGUCAAAUAUAGUACUUUCUUCUUCUUUUUUUUCUUGCCUGAGAAAUAUAAUACAAAUGGAAUUGAAAACCUGAAACAAUUUGCAAAAAAAAAGGCAAUGCAGCAUUGUGAGAAGAAAUGAAAUGUUCACUGUCUGCAACUCGGGUACAUGUACAUGCACUUUGAAAUUUGCUUUCAGAACAUUGUUGUUAUGGUGAAGCCAUUUUUGAUUUCUCAAGUAUACUGAUGUCCUCAGGCAUUUGGUGAUGCAGUAAGGCAGCGUGUUGUCUACAUCCCGAAAAAGAGAGAGAUUUAUUUUAGCUGAAUAGGUGUAGACGUAAAAACACACUACACUGUAAAGGGGGCCAGUCACAUGAGCAGUGCUUCCCCUAUGUGAAGGCAUUUUGUGUCACAUGCCACAAGUUGACAAGACUGAGGUCCGUUGAACUACUUUAUAUCUGAAAUGGUUUAAAGUUGACCUUUAGAAAGAAACGACUAAAACUGCUAAUAGGUAUUUACCAGAAUAUUUAUUUCUUGUUUAAUUGUUCUUCACAGGACACUUUUUAUUUAUUGUUUCUGCAAUUUCUAUAAUGUUGUAGUGUGGCACAAAGAGCCAGAGAGAGGGACCCAUGUUAGUUUCAAAACUAUUUUCUAUACUGGCACAAAUUUGUAAUAAACAAGUUGAUCAAUUUCUUAAAUA